GUUCAUCCCUUCCCCCUUCAAUUCUCAUCCUAUCCCUCGUUCCCUUUCUCUUGGCCUGAACGGGGUCCAAUCCACCAGCCAAGUUGCCUCUGCAUCCUCUCGGAACUCGACCGACGGAUCCAAUUCGAUCAAUUGGCCGGCGCUGCAAGAAGAAGCAGACUUGUCGUGUGAGGAUCGUCCGCUCAGAAAUAACCAGAUAGACAGACGCGUUGUUAGAGCACGCCGCUUUGUCGGAUGACAACUACUGCUUCAGCUCGAGCGGCCUGGCCCAGCCCCUCGAUCUCCAGCCCAAGUCCAUCGAUCCCUGCAUCGUCCACCUCGAACCCAACUCAUUAUGUGAACUCGAUUGACAUCCCCCCUCUUUCGUCCGCCGCUGUCCCCACGCCCCCGCUCGCUCUGAUGAACGGAUCGGGUGAUCUGGAUCAAAAAGUGACAGAGUUCAGGCAAUACCUGACAUCGAAAAGCGCAUGUGCCGGACCAGAUCUGAUAUUCAAUGUGUGUGAAUACGCUACUUUCCUGCCUCGUCCCUUUGGCCUCAAGGAUCGAUCCUACGACAAAAGCCCGUCUCUGGGGUCAGGUAAUGACUGGACGGUACCUCCAUCUCCACCUCGUACGGUGUCAGGUUAUGCCGCAGGAUUUGGACCAUUGCUUGGUCCAAGCGUGCCUUCACGUAAAAACAACGAUCGCCAGUGCCUUCCCGCCUCACCUCCAGAGAUGCUUCGCGCGAGCAUUGAGAUGAUCACAGAGCUGCCUCCGGUGAUGAGCCCAACCAUUCCAGCAUGGACAUUGCCACCACGACCAGUAACAGGAGGCAAGCAACCAGGGAAAGUGCCCGCUGUCCCCCCAGAUCUCGGAGCGAGUAGCGAUGACAGCUCCUCGGAAUCGGAUAUAGAAUCUGAUAGAGAGCAUUCAGCACCUGAAUCAGAGAGCAUGGUGCCAAGCGAGAAUGAUACCAAGUCUAGAUACAGGAGCAUUGGACGAAAGACUGCACAGCGCCGGAACUCAAAGGCUGGUGCCGUAGGAGACAAGCGACUAGCAGGACCGAAUUCAGAAAACGCAAAGAGUUCAGCUGGAUUGUCGACAGAAUGUUGCUGUUUGCUUUCGUCCGAGCAGACAAAGGGAUUACCCCGCCGAUUUGGCGAUGGAAUCCUAUCAAAGUCGCCCGCAGUCGUCAGAAUCCGAAUCCCAUCAUUUCUCUUACCCACCCUCGAAGCCCGACUUGGGGCUCUCAGGAACUCGAAGAAGAUCGGGAAAUCGGCUACUACAAAUUCUGCUGUUGGCGGAUUGCAAUUAUCGACCGAAGCUUCAUCUGUAUCCAAAAGCAAGUCUACCCCGAAGAAGGACGUUUCGGAGGACGAGCGAGGCUAUAUACGCGAGAAACCAAGCAUGACAAAAAAAACAAAGUACAUGCGUACACACUCGGACGUCUCGGACUCGAGCUCAGAUUCAAAUUCGGACAAAUCGGACGUUCCAGUGAGGCGAACGAAAAAAUCCAUGUCACCAGUGAUGGAGCGUAAGAGCGAGAAGAAUGGGCGGACAUUGAUGGCAAGCAAGCAUAAGGAGCUUAGGCUUAAGGACGAGCCAAAGGAGAGUACGAACAAGCGGUCUAAGAAUACACAUGUAGAUCCGACUCUGGCUAGGAGGACAUUAGUAUCGGGCAGUUUAUCGCCAGAUGACCCGCCUCAGAAACGGCAGAAGAAGGAUCUUAAGGAGGACUCGUAUGAUGACACGGCAAGGAAUCGACGGCUUCCGAAGACGACUGAGGGCCGAUCUGGAAAUGAUGGACAUCGAGAUGUUCGAGAUAAGUCUGCGAAAUACAACCCUCGCGAGUAUUCGAAAACCCGCUCACACUCGCGCUCCAGAUCACGUUCGAGAUCGCCAAAGAGACGCAAUGAUAAAGGUGACGGUCGCGAUGGCAAAUCUGGCAAAGAUCGACGCGAUUAUGACAUGGACCAAGUUCCAUUGAAAGCAAAACGGAAACAGGAGACGAGUCGGGAGCGCAACGACAAGUCGACGAAAGGCCGGCGACACAGAAGCGAGAGCAGGAAUAAGGACCGUGACAACAGUCGUGAGAGAAGCAGAGAUCGGAAACGACGGCAUUCACGAUCGAGAUCCCGCUCCCCGUCCAAAUCCAGAGAGGGAUUGGACAGGAAGCGGGACAAAGAGAAGCGGAGCCGCGGUUCAGCUUCCUUGGUCAUUACCGCUAAUACCAAAGGCGUAGAGGAUAGUAAAAACGGCGAUCGCCUUCAGCAAACGCAGGCAUCGAAAGUUCCGUCCGACCGCAAAAAAUCGGAGGGACAUCGUCAUUCUGCUUCGGACUCACGAUCCCAGCACGAGUCGAUCUCCAAGCGAACCUCAGAUGAUGUUAUGGACAAUUCGAGCAGCACAUCGAAUCCUAUCAAAAAGUUGUCACUGGAGCACAAAGGGUCGAAUGUAGAUACGCCCAAGGGCGCGAUGAGCUCUCCGGCUUUGGGAUUGAGUAACUCUACGCUUGCCAGGAAGGAAACCGAGAGGUCUCCAACUGCAGCACGAAGGAUGUCGAUCGUACCAGCAGAUGCUAACUCAGCAGGGUAUACUAAAUACUACCAGGAUUACCGCAGAUACCAUGCGCUGGCUGUCAGUCUCAAGCGUAAAGCUGACGAGAUCACUCGAAUCCAGAAUAACCCACGCCUGGGCGCGAUCGUUUACUUCCUCAGCGGUAACGCCUUCCUUCGGGCCUUCCAUUUCAACGACAUGCACUGCGAGCACCUGCACUCGAACCGUCCAGAGGUCAUACUUCGGGAGUCGAUGAAAUGCUGGGACAGCAUGAAACAGUUCUCGACCGCACUCUCAGUCCAGUGCCACGACAAGUUUUCGGGACUGGACGGACUCAGUUACCUGCUCGAGGCCCUUGUCUAUUACAAAUGCCAUGCCUAUUCAAACUACCGACUUCGUCAGGAGAUGCAGGCUGCUGAGCAGUUCCGGAAACGACCACCACUUUCUCAGGAUGCAUCAUUAUCAUCGCUAUCGUCAUCAUCAUCUUCGGUUAUGAUCACCACAGAACUAGCUGCGAGGCUGUUGCAGAAUGCGGAAGACUGGAUGAUCUUGACGACCAAAUUGGCGGAAUGCGAGGUGGCCCUGACACCGGAUAUUGCGAGGGAGCAGUUUCCAGAGACGUUCAAGAAGUGGUGUAUCCAUCCGAAGGACAUUGGCAGGUUCGGUGGGAAGGCGUUCUCAGCGGUCGUGGAACUGAAGCAGGAGGAUGGGACGAGCAAGGUGGUGUCGAAGAUCCAGUGGCCGUUGGGGACAUAUAUGCAUCUGGGCGACCUGACGGACUUUGCGGAGGAGGCCGUGCGCGAGUACCAGGUUAGGAACGGACUCGAUUACGAGGCUCUGCCGAUGCCAUAGUGUGAGAGAGAGGGCAUUACGAGACAGAGAGAAGGAAAGAAAGAGAAAGGGUCGUUUGUCUUUUUGUUAUUUGCUGUUUUUGUUUUUGUUUUUGCUGUCGUUGUUGUUUUUGUAGUCAUUUUU